CGAGUGCACGCGCACUGCAGACUGGCUGCCGCCAGUUAUGGAAAUGUAUGCCGGGUAGAUUUCGGGGAAAAACACAAUGGAUAAUUAUUCUGAAAUAUUAAAUAUGAACGACACAAUGCGGGACAAUAUUAUUCGUGUCAGGAAGGAUAAACUCGUCUCAGUGAACUUUGCACCUUCUCAAGCUAGCUUAGCUUGCUAGCUGCUAACAAAGAGCCGGAAGUUAUCAACACAUCACUACGACAGAAAUCAAGUGUGAGUGCAAAGUGUUGUGAUUGUGUGAGCAUUUGUAAAAAAAAAAACACACACACAAAUGCUGAGUGCAUUUGUGAAUCGGCGACUAACUGCGACUGUUAGCGGAGAACGAUAGCAGAGUACAAGGAGAACCAGCGACGACGUCAAUAACUGGACGCUGUUUUCAAGAAGCAGAGCAGCCACACCAAGAAUCAAAUCUUCAAUGAAGGCACUUUUUGUGGACAAAGCAUGUCUUUGUCUUCUUGUGUCCUGCAGACGUCCGUGAAGAACAUCUUCCCACUGAGCAGCAGUAGUGAACCUCCCGGAUGGAGCGGGAGGAGCCACAGCACCCUCACAUUAAAGAGGAAGAGGAGGAUCGCAGCAUCAGUCAGGAGCGAGAGCAUCUUGAAGGACAGGAGGAGUUCCCAGUGAUUCGUGUAACCGUGAAGAGUGAAGAUGAUGAAGACCAAGGUCAAAGUGAGGAGGAGAGAGAGGUGGAGCCUCCAAGCAGCAGCUCCACUCGUCACACGACAACAGAAGCUGAUGGAGACCACAGUGGAGGAUCACAAGCAGACAACCUCUUAGCUCCACUAUCAGAUAGCGACGACAUAACGUCACACUCUCCUGACACUGAUGAUGAAGACUCUGAAGCUGAUAUGACAUGUCACACUGACAACACACGCUGGAAAUGCUCUCAAUGUGACAAAACAUUUGUUAACAAAGGACGUCUGAAAAUCCACAUGAGACAUCACACAGGAAAGAAACCUUUCGCUUGCUCAUUUUGCGGUAAAAGGUUCAUUGCUGAGUCAUAUUUGAAGGAACACAUAAGAAUGCACACUGGGGAGAAACCUUUUCUAUGCUUGGUGUGCGGUAAAAGAUUCAAUCAAAAAAAUGGUUUAAGAAGACAUACCAGAACGCACGUUGGAGAGAAACCUUUUUCUUGCUCAGUGUGCGGUAAACGAUUCACUCAGAAAGUUGACUUAAAUAGACACACAAGAAUACACACUGGAGAGAAACCAUUUCUCUGCUCUGUGUGUGGUAAAAGAUUUUCGCAGAAAGCUGUUUUUAAUAGACACACAAAAAUACACGUCGGAGAGAAACCAUUUUCCUGCUCAGUUUGUGGUAAAGAUUUCAUUCAGAAGUCCCACUUGAAAGAACACACAAGAAUACACACUGGAGAGAAACCCUUUCCUUGCUUGGUGUGCGGUAAAAGAUUCUCAAUAAUGAGUGGUUUAAAAAGACACACAAGAACACACACUGGAGAGAAACCAUUUCCUUGCUUGGUGUGUGGCAAAAGAUUUGAUCUUAAAGGCAAUUUAAAAAGACACACAAUAAUACACACCUGAGAUGAACUUUUUUGCACAGUUUGGGACACAAGCUUCUCUUGGAAGAGAAAUGUUUCUUCACUGUGAGGUCAGCAAUUCGCUAACAGCAUGAAAUUGACUGAACACCAAAUAAUCCACAAUGGGGAGUCAUUUAAAUGUUACGGUAGUACGAAUAAACAAAACAGUAUUACUCUAUAAAACAAAAAAAAAUGUUGUAUAAAAUAAGGACUUCUGACAUUCCUAACUGGUGUUAUGAUGAAAAGUCUGGUUCAUAUAUCACGUGUAUGAACACCCUUUUUGUCAAUAAAGUUUUUAAUGA